AUGAUACUUUAUUUUGAUUCACAAUCAUCAUCGUCGUCGUCGUCGUCGUCGUUGGAUUUAAAAGAGCAUAUAAUGGCAAAAUAUGAUCAUCGAUUAUAUCGAAUAAUAUUGUUUCAAACAAUAUUUGGCAAUUCAUAUAUGGGUGAAUAUUUUCGUCGUAAUGUGGUGAAAAAAUUGCAAAAAAAUCUGAUCAUAUUAUUUGUCAUAAUACAAGAAUUAUUCUAUCUAAUACCAUCGACAAUAAUAUGGUAUAUAUCGAAAACAAGCUAUGCAGCUGAUUUUCAAUUCAAAGGAACCGCUGUCCAUAAUACAAUGGAUUAUUUGAUACAAAUCUAUCAUUUUUGUAUGAUGAUGGAAUUUUCAGCAAUAAAAAUGACAAAUAUUUUUUAUGGACAUCGUAUUAUUGAAAUCAUACAGACCAUUGGUGAUGGUACCAAUAUUGAUUCAUCUAGUAAUAGUAAUCGUCGUUUAUUAUAUUAUAGAUUUAUCUAUGUAUUCAUUAUCAUCAUCAUUUUAAUGUAUUCAUCAGCAUUUGGUAUUGUUGCAUCGAUUAUUGAACGACAACCAUUUGCAAUUGUAAUUGGUUUUAUGUUGGGUGGAACCAUUUUUGGAGCAAAUAUAUCUUCAUUGGCUACAAUGUAUUUAUAUGCAGCCAUUUUGGUGAAUGAACGAAUUCAAUCUUACAAAGAACAAUUACCUUUGUAUUCAAAUUAUGGGAAAUUAUUUCAAGAAAUGAUACGUUUACGUGAUAAUAUUGGCCAUAUUAAUAGCCAUUUAUCCAUAGCAAUGUUGGUGAAAAUAUUGACCUGUGGUUUACGGAUGGCUACCUGUAUUUGUAUAUUGGAUCAUUUAUCCAUUAAACCAUCUUUGGCAAUGUUACCACCAGCUAUAGCAUUUAUAAUAAUGUUUUUAGACAUUUGGUUAAGCUGUAUGGCAUCACAAUCGAUGCAUACAGAAAUGGAAGAUUUUAUACAUGAAAUACAGAAACAUAUUGCUUUAGCAGUAAGUUCAAAUAAUAAUUAUCAUCAUCAUCAUCAUCAUCAUCAACAACAACAGCAAAUGUUUGAUUUGACAAAUCAAACAAUGUUAUCAUUAAUAAGCUAUGUAUUGAGUAAUGCCAUUUUACUUAUACAGACCAAAGAUUCACAUGUUGAAUUUGAAUAA